AUGCUUUUCCUGUCCUUUCUCUUAAGCAAAACCCAGAUGGUAGACCUAAGAAACAGUAACACAGUGACAGAGUUCAUCCUUGUGGGCUUUGAGAAGAGCUCCCCUUCCAUUCAGGCAUUUCUCUUCACCCUCUUCCUAGCCCUCUACAGCCUCGCCAUGGCCAUGAAUGGCCUCAUCAUCUUCAUCACAUGGACAGACUCCAGACUCAACAGCCCCAUGUACUUCUUCCUUGGCCACCUGUCUUUCCUGGAUGUCUGCUUCAUCACCACCAUCAUACCACAGAUGUUGGCCCACCUGAUGAUCAAAAACCAUACUGUCUCUUUUGUCUCUUGCAUGACACAGAUGUACUUGAUCUUUUUCAUGGGUGUAGCUGAGUGCAUCCUCUUGGCUUUUAUGGGCUAUGAUCGUUAUGUUGCUAUCUGCCACCCACUUAACUAUGCUCAGAUCAUGAGCCGGCAGGUCUGUGUCUGUCUGGUGGGUACUUCCUGGACUUUUGGGCUCAUCAAUGGCAUCUUUCUUGAGUAUAUUUCAUUCCGGAAUCCUUUCAACAGAGACAACCACAUUGAAAACUUCUUCUGUGAGGCCCCCAUAGUGAUUGCCCUCUCUUCUGGGGACACCCAGUUCAGCAUGAAGUUAAUAUUUGCAGAUGCCAUUGUGGUACUGCUCAGCCCCACAGUGCUCAUUGUCAUCUCCUAUGUCCACAUCCUGGCCUCCAUCCUCAGCAGACCCUCCUCCUCAGGUCGGAGAAAGACCCUCUCCACUUGUACCUCCCACCUGACUGUGGUCAUCUUUUUAUAUUCCUCAGCUAUGUUCUCAUACAUGAAUCCUCGCAGCACACAUGGGCCUGACAAAGACAAGCCUUUGUCUCUCCUUUAUAGCAUCAUCAUUCCUAUGUGCAACCCCAUCAUCUACAGUUUCCGCAACAAGGAAAUGAAGGGGGCCAUGAGGAGGGCCCUUGGGAGAACCAGCCUGGCCCAGGCAGAGUCUGUCUAG